AUGUCGAUGGGGAAAACCCUUGGCGACCACCGCUACAGGAUUGGCUGCCCGAUCGCCAAGGGUGCGUUCAGUACGGUGUACCGCUGCGUUGACCUGGCCACCGGCAAGGCGUACGCCGUGAAGGUGGUGAAUCGCGCACUGGUGGAGACAAACAAGAUGCAGGAGGCCGUUGUGCGGGAGAUCAACGCGAUGGAGGUGGUGACACCCUCGCGGUAUUUGGUGAACCUUGUGGACAAGCUGGUGUCGGCGCGGAACUACUACCUCAUCAUGGACCUCGUGGAGGGGGGGACGCUGGUUGAUUGCAUCCGCAACGCCCCCUCCGGCUUGUCCCUGCAGUGGUGUUGUCGGAUCUUUAGGCAGCUGCUCAACGGGCUCAGCCUGCUCCAUCGCUGCAACAUCGUCCACCGCGACAUCAAACCGGAAAAUUUGCUUCUGAACGCGGAACACACACAGUUGAUGAUAUCCGAUUUUGGGUUCGCGUGCUACGCGCCUUCGGGGCGCCUGCUUCGCCGGGCCUGCGGGACGCCAAACUACUGCGCCCCUGAGUUACUGCAGCAAGACCCCCACUACGAUGGUCGCAAGGUUGACGUGUGGGCGGCAGGUGUCACGCUGUACGUCAUGCUUUUUAAUAAAUACCCUUUCCAGGGCAGUGAAGGUUGUCCCGACGCGCUGCUGCAGGCAGUCACAGCGGGAAGGUACACCUUUCCCCGCCCAGUCCCACCUGGUCUGGAACACCUUUUUUCCGUGAUGCUCCAGCCGCAGCCCGCCAAACGAUGGUCGGUAAGUAAAUUACUGCGGCAUACAUGGGUGCUGGGGAUCACACCCAUCGUCACGCGGGUGCCUUCCCACACCAACGCUGUGGUGAAGGAUAUGGGUUCCGUCAACGAUGAGUGUGGGCCACCUUUCGAUGCGUUUCUUUUGCGGUCCCAAUUCGCGCAGGCAUUGGAGGACGAUGACUUGUGUGCAUCUUCGCGCCGGUCACGCUCCUGCCCGCCGCUGCUGCUGCAAAGACCCGAUGGGGACCUGGUGUUCAGCCCCACGGGCCUCGAUGAUGACGUGAACGCCGGAUCGCUUCCAGCGAUGCACCGCAAUGAUAGUAGGAGAGGUCCAAAAAUGGGUUAUUUCAGUAGCAACAGGGGCAAUGACGGCAGUGGGGAUGGGGAAAAGUGUUCGGGCGUCGUAGAAGUAGUAGGAAGAGUGGGGGGAACCACUCCUAUGGAUCCCGACUCUGUUUACAGCUACUGUAACAGCGAGAGCAGCUUCCACAGCAACAGCCUGCAUGGCAACUCGUUUCUGCUAAACAGCAGCACUGCGACGAUAACGUCGCCGUCAACUUAUUCCAAAGCAGCUUGUGCGGAGGCACCGGUUUCUUACAUGCACGAUCUUGUACUUACAUUGAAGGCCAUUGCCAAUUUCUUUUUAUUCUGCACAGCGCUUUUUGUUAUUGGCGGAAUGCGCUUAUUGCUGGACGUGGACUUCAACGAUCUUCCACUUCCGCUUUUUUUUCGCAACGCGGUGGAGCGUCUGUUGACACCACUCGAUGGUGGGAGCUCGCAGUACGUGGAGCCGCAACGCCACCACCAAACGCGUGGUGAGCGACUGCGAGAAAUAGUUGCUUCAGCGGGGAGGGCGAUCAGCAGGUUCAUCCCACGACGCCGGGUGGCACUGACAUGA